UGGAACUGGGUCCAGAACCGUUGUCUAGGGUUCUGUCUGCGAGUGCUCCCCUGUCUCGGAAACGCUGCCAUGGACCCCGCGGAGAGCCACCGUGGCUUGACCUGGAACCACAGCACUCUCGGCUUAAGUAUCCACAGCACCAGAGACACAUUGGUGAUGACGUUCUACGUCUUGCUGGUCCUGUGCGUCGGGCUGUGGGCUUUACUGACACACAGUCGUGGGACAAUCAAAGACUUCUUCCUGGCCGGCCAGAAUCUAGCAUGGUGGUUGAUGGGCAUUUCCAUCUACUCUUCAAAUAUUGGCAGUGGCCACUAUAUGGCCCUGGCUGGCAUUGGUGCAUCUUCAGGAAUUGCUGUGGGAGCCCUUGAGUGGAAUAGUAUAUUUAUGCUCUUUGUUCUUGGUUGGAUAUUUGUGCCUAUCUAUAACAAGGCUGAGGUGGUGACGUUGCCAGAAUAUCUGAAGAAGAGGUUUGGCAGCCUCCGGAUCCAGCUGUUCUUCGCUUUCAUUUUCUUAAUCGUCUAUAUCUUCAGCAGGAUCUCGAUGGAGAUUGGCUUUGGCGCCAUGUUCUUGAAGAUGGUUUGGGACACCGAUAUUUACCAGACAAUGUUGACCGUGGUGAUCAUCAUUGGCAUGUAUACCAUCACAGGCGGCUUGGCCACUGUGGCUUACGUUGAGACUUUACAAGCUGGUAUCAUGGUUUUGGGCUCAGCCUUGUUAAUGGGUUAUGCCUUUUACGAAGUGGGAGGGUAUCAGAAGCUGGUGAAUAGGUACCCAGAAGCCAUCCCAAGUCAGAUCCAGCAGGGGAACUGGACUGCCAAGCCCGAGUGCUACAAGCCUCGUCAGGAUGCCUUCCAUAUCUUCCGACCUGUCUCUGGAGACAUCCCCUGGCCCGGACUCGUCUUAGGUGCCACUACUGUCUCUCUGUUCUACGCGUGUGCUGAUCAGGUUUCUGUCCAGCGGUUUCUGGCAGGAAAGAGCAGACUUCACGUGGAAGGCGGCUGCCUCUUGUACGGCUACUUAAAGCUGCUUCCCAUGUUCCUCAUGGUGAUGCCAGGGAUGAUCAGCCGCAUCUUGUUCCCAGAUCAAGUGGCUUGUGUCGUGCCUUCGGAAUGCCAGAAGUUCUGUGGCCAGGGAACCGGUUGUAGCGCCCUGGCUUACCCAGUGCUGGUCUUAGGAGUGAUGCCUCCUGGCCUGCAAGGCUUCAUGCUGUCCACGGUGUGCGCCUCCCUCAUGUCGUCCCUGACGUCCAUUUUCAAUAGUUCCAGCGCCCUGUUCACGCUGAACAUUUACACCUGGUUUCGGCCCACCGCCACCGAGAAGGAGCUCAUGAUAGCUGGCAGGUUUUCCGUUAUAAUCCUGCUCGCAGUCACCAUUGUCUGGAUCCCCAUUAUAGAAAUGGCACCCAGUGAGAUACUGUUUGAGUACUUGCAAGUUCUUAAGAGCUGUUUGACCCCGAGCGUGACUGCUGUCUUUCUGCUGGCUGUCUUUUGCAAGAGGGUGAACGAGCAGGGCGCCUUCUGGGGGCUGAUUGUGGGAACCGCAAUUGGUGGCAUUCGACUGCUGGCUGAGUUUUUCUAUGGACCGGUGACCUGCGGGAGCGACCGCCAGUGUCCCGUCUUCAUCUGCGGCUUCCAUUACCUCUAUUUUGGCUUUUGCCUUUUCUUGGUCACCAUUCUGAUCACCCUGGCCAUCUCCUUAGCCACGGAACCGAUUCCGGACAACCAUCUCCACGGUCUCUGCUGGAGUUUACGUAACAGCCGACAGAGGAGAGUGGCUUUAGACAAAGAGAUGAGGUGGAAGGCCUUCCCCAGCUUCACAUUCGAGCCAGGUAUGUUUGGAGAGGCCCACACCUGCUUCUGGAAGUUCUGGGACUUGUUCUGCGGUCUCGACUCACAGCCAAAGUCUAAGACAUGCCCCGAGAACACCUCUAAGGAGGAGUUAGAGACAACCUGGAAGCAGGUGGUAUCCAGCCACGCGUCAACGGCCUUAGAGAUUCUGGCCAGGAGAAGGGCGGCCAGAAAGAGUGAGGAACACGUGGAUAGGAUGAAAGACUGGAGCGAAGAACUGGAGAACCCCUUCUGGAAGAGAGUCGUGCAGGCUAGCGCGAUCCUUUUGUUCCUGCUUCUCAUUACUGCUCACAUCUAUUUUGGCUGAUGACUCAGGACUUGCUGACCUUCCCAGGCUGCCUACCUCAUCGUAGAGGGAUGAAGUGUUUCCAACAAUAUAGGGCGGAACACCUCACCAAGGAACACUGGCUCUCAGGGUUUGGGGCAAGCACUAACAGCUGGCGCGCAUGCGUGGACAAGAGACAAAGCCGUCGCUGGGUUUACAAACUAUGCCCGUGAGGACAUCUGCUCCUCACCGAGGCGAAUCCUCAUCUCUAAAUUUCUUAGGCAAUACAGGCUUUCCUUUUUGAAUUUAAUGCUGGCUUUUAAGAAAAAAAAAAUCUAUGAUAUUUUGGGAUAUAUUUUAAAAAUCUCCCCCCUCAA